AUGGCAAAGGAUAACAACUCUCAAGUACAGAUAUAUACCUCUGGACUAAAUCCUACAGAUUUGUACCUCUUGGGACAGGUACCCCAAGAUAACUACCCUGUGGGACAGGUAACCCAAGAUAACUACCCUGUGGGACAGGUACCCCAAGAUAACUACCCUGUGGGACAGGUACCCCCAGAUAACUACCCCGUGGGACAGGUACCCCCAGUUAACUACCCUGUGGGACAGGUACCCCAUGAUAACUACCCUGUGGGACAGGUACCCCAAGAUAACUGCCCUGUGGGACAGGUACUCCAAGAUAACUGCCCUGUGAUACAGGUACCCCAGGAUAACUACCCUGUGGGACAGGUACCCCAAGAUAACUGCCCUGUGAGACAGGUACCCCAAGAUAACUACGCUGUGGGACAGGUCCCCCAAGAUAACUGCCCUGUGAGACAGGUACCCCAAGAUAACUACCCUGUGGGACAGGUACCACAAGAUAACUGCCCUGUGGGACAGGUACCCCAUGAUAACUGCCCUGUGAAACAGGUACCCCAAGAUAACUGCCCUGUGGGACACGUACCCCAUGAUAACUACCCUGUGGGACAGGUACCCCAUGAUAACUGCCCUGUGAGACAGGUACCCCAAGAUAACUGCCCUGUGGGACAGGUGCCCCAUGAUAACUACCCUGUGGGACAGGUACCCCAUGAUAACUACCCUGUGGGACAGGUACCCCAUGAUAACUACCCUGUGGGACAGGUACCCCAUGAUAACUGCCCUGUGGGACAGGUACCCCAGGAUAACUACCCUGUGGGACAGGUAUCCCCAGAUAACUACCCUGUGAGACAGGUACCCCAUGAUAACUGCCCUGUGGGACAGGUAUCCCCAGAUAACUACCCUGUGGGACAGGUACACCAUGAUAACUACCCUGUGGGACAGGUAUCCCCAGAUAACUACCCUGUGGGACAGGUACCCCAUGAUAUCUACCCCGUGGGACAGGUACCCCCAGAUAACUACCCCGUGGGACAGGUACCCCCAGAUAACUACCCUGUGGGAAUGGUACCCCAUGAUAACUACCCUGUGGGACAGGUACCCCAAGAUAACUGCCCUGUGGGACAGGUACUCCAAGAUAACUGCCCUGUGAGACAGGUACCCCAGGAUAACUACCCUAUGGGACAGGUACCCCAAGAUAACUACCCUGUGGGACAGGUACCCCAAGAUGACUGCCCUGUGAGACAGGUACCCCAAGAUAACUACCCUGUGGGACAGGUACCCCAAGAUAACUGCCCUGUGAGACAGGUACCCCAAGAUAACUACGCUGUGGGACAGGUACCCCUAGAUAACUGCCCUGUGAGACAGGUACCCCAAGAUAACUACCCUGUGGGACAGGUACCCCAAGAUAACUGCCCUGUGGGACAGGUACCCCAUGAUAACUGCCCUGUGAGACAGGUACCCCAAGAUAACUGCCCUGUGGGACAGGUGCCCCAUGAUAACUACCCUGUGGGACAGGUACCCCAUGAUAACUGCCCUGUGGGACAGGUACCCCAGGAUAACUGCCCUGUGGGACAGGUACCCCAGGAUAACUGCCCUGUGGGACAGGUAUCCCCAGAUAACUACCCUGUGAGACAGGUACCCCAUGAUAACUGCCCUGUGGGACAGAUAUCCCCAGAUAACUACCCUGUGGGACAGGUACCCCAUGAUAACUACCCUGUGGGACAGGUAUCCCCAUGA